ACAGACACACACACACGCACACACACUCGGCAACGUACAUUAUUCCAAUCCUUAGCAGCCUGAGGGACGCACAAACGGACACAGAGAGCAGAAAACAGCUAAAGCAGACUAUCGACUGGAAAAGAUCUGACUACACCACAGAUGGGGCCUGGAUUGUUUUGGAACUUCCCUCCCAAGGCUGGCUGCACAGUUCCACAGAGCCUCCUGCAGACCAUGUUGCUGUCCAGAAUGGCGGGGAUGAAAGAGCAGCAGUUUACGGAGGAGAAGCCCCUGCUGCCGGAGCAGCGAGGAGCUGACUCGGACAUGCAGGAUAAAGGAGAGGAGGCAUCGGGGGGGUUACCGUGCCCCGCCAGCCCUGCCGUGCCUCUUAACCACCCCCCUCCCCCAAGCCGCCCCACUCACCGCUGGCAUGUCAUCGCACGCCACUGGCUCCGCCAGACCCGCAGUCGGGCCAGUGGGGUCCUCCUGGAAAGCUGUGAACAGCUGAUGCCGGCAGGGGAUUGGAAGGAACAUGAUGUUGAGACCCCUUAUGGGAUGCUGCAUGUGGUGAUCCGCGGGGCACCCAAAGGAAACAAGCCUGCAAUCCUAACCUACCACGAUGUGGGACUGAACCACAAGCUGUGCUUCAACUCUUUCUUCAACAAUGAGGAUAUGCAGGAGAUCACCAAGCACUUUGUGGUCUGCCACGUCGACGCCCCGGGACAGCAGAUUGGAGCGUCACAGAUGCCACAGGGGUACCAGUACCCAACUAUGGAUCAGCUGGCCGGGAUGCUGCCCACUGUUGUGCAGCACUUUGGAUUCAAGAGCAUUGUUGGGAUCGGAGUUGGAGCUGGAGCCUACAUUCUGGCCAAGUUUGCUCUGAUAUUCCCUGACCUGGUGGAGGGUUUGGUUCUGCUCAACAUCGACCCCAAUGGCAAAGGCUGGAUUGACUGGGCUGCCACCAAGCUGACAGGUCUGACCAGCGCUCUGCCAGACACUGUGCUGCAACAUCUCUUCAGCCAGGAGGAGCUGAUGAGCAACACAGAGCUGGUGCAGAGCUACCGGCAGCAGAUCAACAACACCGUUAACCAGUUCAACUUGCAGCUCUUCUGGAACAUGUACAACAGUCGGAGGGACCUGGAGAUGAAUCGCAGUGGGACGGUGCUCAACGCCAAGACCCUGAAGUGUCCCGCAAUGCUGGUUGUGGGGGACAAUGCCCCGGCUGAGGAGGGAGUGGUCGAGUGCAACUCCAAACUGGACCCAACCAACACCACCUUCCUAAAGAUGGCUGACUCUGGUGGACUUCCCCAGCUCACACAGCCUGGAAAGCUGACUGAAGCCUUCAAGUACUUCCUGCAGGGAAUGGGCUACAUCGCUUAUGUGAAGGAUCGGAGGUUGAGUGGAGGGCCAGUGCCCUCUGCCAGUAUGACCCGCCUGGCUCGUUCCAGGACGGCCUCCCUGACCAGCGCCAGCUCCAUAGACGGGUCCCGCUCUCGGGCCUGCACCCAUUCUGACAGCACCGAGGGAGUCGGCACCGUCACCCACACCAUGGAGGUGUCCUGCUGAGGAGUCAGCCAGCCAUAUAAAGAGGGUGGGAGGGGUAGAGGGAUGGAGAGAGAAAGAGACGGGGGUGGGGGUAUAAGGAAAAUGCAAAGGAUUUAAAGUUGGAUUCGCUCUCUGUAGUCAAACAUGGUGGAUGGUAGAACGAGACAGCAACAGAAAGGAAAGUUCAUGAACAAGGUAGAGACAUCUCUCUGUCUUCAUCUAUCUCCUCCAGAUCCCGUGUCAGCCAUCUUCUUCCUUCCUCCACUGUAAAAUACCAUAUGUGUUGCUACUAAAUAUCCCAACCACACCUUUUAAUAUCCACCUCAUCCCCACCCUUAUCACCCCGCAGUUAAAGAUUUAGGCAACUGUUUUUGUUCUUGCAGUGUCAUUCUUGUGUUUUCUAGCUGUCUCCUCAUUCUUUGCCUGCACCCCCACCACCCCUCCACAAAAAAGAUUUAACCCAGUCUGUCAACAGUUCACAAAGCAGUAUAAGUUAUGAGCUGCUGUUUAUAAUGUAAAAUGGAAAUUCGAUAGAGAAGGUGAAAGUGCAGGAUUUAGCAAAGGAAACCAGAACAUUUAGAAGGUACCCUAAUGAAAAAGCGUUAUGCAUCAAUAUUUUGCAAGCAGUGUGUUCUUUUGUUGUUGUAUGGACAAACAGUUUGUAUUUCUCUCUGUGCUGUUUGUAACCAAUGGUUAUUUCUCUCUAUGAGUGACUGAGUGUUAGAGGGUGUGUCCAGAAUUUGACAGACAACAGGACACAGCCUAUCGUAGCCGGGUGCACCUGUAGUGCUUUGUUAGCUUUUAUUAGUCUUAUAUCAUAGCUAGAGUUUAUCACGCUGAUUUUAAAGCUGCACGCCAUAACAUUUUAUUUCAAACUUGUAAACCACACUUAAUGAUUUAAGUGAUAUCAUCAGCAUACAUGCGUUUUAGCCGACCAGUCGUAAGCGCACUGAGACAGUACACCACCAGGGAGUUUAGCUGACACAAAUGUGCAGCUUCAUCUACUUUUAUUGCUGAUACCAUGAUAAUCUGUACGUGAUAUGACCAAAAUAAAACCAGACUUGUAUUUGAAUAAUCUUGA